AUGACUGUCCACUUGGAUGAAGACGAGCCAGAGUUCCUUCCGUCAAUCACCGGCGUGGAGAUUAUUCACUUUAGUAAGGCACCAUUAAGGCCUUUGUCCAGGUGUAAUCGUGGAGUCAUUGUCAAGGCGACGUUUGAAAAAAGUUCCUGCAGUGGAUGUAGCAGUCCUCCAGAAUGUGGACGGAAGAUGUUACAGGUGGACUUUGACCUAGAUCAGAAGCGAGGCGAAUAUAUCUUUAAUGUUGGCGAUAGCAUAUCCAACAACGGAUGGGCUGGCGACGCUAGCCAUCAACAAAAUGACGCAGAAGUCCAGGGAUGGAACAACUUCAUACGACUGUUCAAAAGCGACAUAUGUUUGGGUAGUCAGAACUACGUUCACUCCUUCACGGGUCAGCUGACCGAUUCUGUUAGUCACGUGACAUUGCUCGUGAGUAACGAGUUCAUCCGAAUCAUCACGGACCAGGGUAUGGACGAACAGGUUUGUCAUGAAUGUCUGUUUGCCCUCAAUGGUCAAACGGAUAGCCAAUCAGGAGGGGUCAAUGAAGAUGUGUAUGUGUCUCUAAAUAGAGUCGUCCAGUGGUACUCGUGGAGAGACGGGUAUGGCGUUUGUAGCGCCACCUUUCGCUGGGUCUGUCCGGAUAGCUUCCCUUUUUGA